UGGGGAUCACCUGCGGACACGAUGUGGAAAGCACAAUCUGCACUAAAUUGACGGGAAUGUGCAUGUGAAUCUUCUUAUGUAGCUGGCAUUCACAGCUAGGAUUGUUAUAUGUGAUAUAGGCUUAGGCCACAUGCCAGCAUUACAAAUGAAGACAAAGUCAAGUGCGGGUUGCUUAAGAGAAGGAGAUGGUCUCCAUGUCUGCCGACAGUCGACUAAAAUAUCCAAAAGCACACAGUUUCAAGUCAAAAUAUCUCAAGAAGCAGCAGUACUUGAUUCUUCUAUUCAAAAUCAUUGGGAUGUUCCGUUUGUUACAGCAGCUUCCAAUAUCCAAGCAUGUGGUCAGGACAGCAGAAGUGCUGAAGAAAUUGACUGCCAAUAUUUGUUAGAUGGUGCAGCCCCUCAGCAUGAAGAGCUGCCCCUGAGUUGCGCUGAUUAUUCAUUCAUUUCAAGAUCAGGGUCUCACCCAGCUACAUGCCCAUCCAUCUUGGAAACGAUCUUCUCACCUAUUUUUGAGCCAAAUGAAGUUCACUGGAAGCCAAUAAAUCACAGUAUUCCAGUUGUGAGUAAUGAACACCCUGAUGCGGCAAGCGAUGACAGUGACGAUGGAAGCAGUAGCUCCAGUGACUCCCGAACUUGCAAUGUAUCAGAUUUCCACAUUUCUGACAUGAGUGUGGCUAGUUUACCCUUUGAUGAAAAUACAGGACUUGAUGAUAUAAUAACUGCAGAUGCAUGUCCUGAUUAUGAAUGUACAGAUCCUGAUAUGAUGUUUGAUAUGGUGGAGGGAUGCAUGAUGCUGCCUUUCCUUGAGGAAACUGUCGAAACAAGUAAUUUACUGGAUAGGGGAUCCAUUGAAGAAGCAGCAACAAACUCUGAUGAUGCAUGCUUAUAUCUAGCAAUUCAGCAGAUGAAACCAUCUGAAGUUAGCUCUCACUGUGGAGACCUGGAUGAAGUGGAUGACUUUGAUCCACAUUCAUUCCUGAGAAACUUACCAGACCUUUCUGAAGUGGUUCCAUCGCUUUGGCCCGUAUUGUUACCAAAGGAAACACGGAAAAGGAAGCCUGUUACCCUAGUCCUUGAUUUGGAUGAAACACUUGUCCACUCUACCCUGGAGCAUUGUGAUGAUGCAGACUUCACAUUUCCAGUAUACUUCAACAUGAAGGAGCACACUGUGUAUGUACGCCAGCGGCCCCAUCUCCAGAUAUUCCUAGAGAGAGUUGCAGAGAUGUUUGAAAUCAUCGUCUUCACAGCUAGUCAAAGCAUCUAUGCUGAGCAGCUACUGAAUAUACUGGAUCCAGAUGGGAAGCUUAUUUCUCGGCGUGUUUAUCGUGAGUCAUGCGUAUUUUCAGAUGGCAGCUAUACGAAAGAUCUGACAGUCUUGGGACUUGACCUGGCAAAAGUGGCCAUCAUUGAUAAUUCUCCGCAGGUUUUCCGGUUACAAGUAAAUAAUGGGAUCCCUAUCAAGAGUUGGUUUGACGACCCAUCAGACUGUGCACUAAUUUCAUUGCUUCCCUUCCUAGAAACUCUCGUUGAUGCUGAUGAUGUCCGCCCUGUCAUUGCAAAGAGAUUCAAUAAUAAAGAGUAGCGGGCCUUUGUUCUCUCCUUCAUUGAUUUAAAGUCAACGGUCAGCAUCCCCUCAUGUCGUCUCUCUUUCUCAAGCGGCUGUCAGAUCACCAUCCAUAAGUUCUCAACUCUCGAUCCAUCUCUACAAACUGAUUCAUUAAUUACUCAAUAAGUUUGUCAACUAUAGUUUUAUCGUUACCCUCUCUUAGCAGAGUUGUAUUACUGUUAUGCUAAAAAGCUAGUUGCGAAAGUGUCCUUUUUUAAAAUUGUCUCUUGUUUGUGUAUGUCUUCUUCAUGCAUUAGGACAAUGUGUUUAUUGUGAUGGUGUGUAUAUGAAUGAUUUUACAGUGGAAAAAAGUUGUGAUGGAACUCCUUGCUUUGCUCGUGUA